AUUGCAUCAUAUGGGAGGUCUGUGUAAGCACAACAACUUCUUGUGCCGAAAAACAUGUUUUCUGCAGUUCCAGUUAUCUACUGCAACUGUGAGAAUAACACGCUUGGUCAAUGUACCGCGGUUAAAAGUACAUGGAGCUCYGGUUGUUAUUAUCAGCAUUAUCAACCUAACUUUAACAGGAGGUAUUUUAGAGCGCAUUCUUUGCAAAGUCCUUUCACACGUACGGAGCAUGUUGAACACGACCCAAAACCAGCCAAUAUCAGCAGAAGGCUCAAGUUUGGCAUUGACAACAUYUUGAACUCAGACCAUCAUUCAAGRCUUAAAAAGAAUGAAAAUUUCACAAUGCAUGACAGCUUCUGCAAGACUCCUCAACGACGCCGACCAUGGUCACGACCGGUAUUCACGCAACUCCAAAGAAGAGGCUUAGAAAAGAGAUUUCAAGUACAAAAAUACAUAACUAAACAUGAUCGAUAUCAGCUAGCAGCAAUGCUUGGACUGUCAGAAACACAGGUAAAAGUGUGGUUUCAAAAUCGACGUACGAAAUGGCGCCAGGACUUGAGGGACACUGACCGCACUGAUGACAAAGAGGACGAAARCAGAACUGACUUAGAACAAGAGAAAGACUGAUUGAAAGACUGAAUAAGAACCAGUACCAGACAUUCGACGUUCCAGCACAUUUUAUGAGAUGUAGUCGUUCAGUAAUCGGAGAUGAACUCUAGACUAGUUAUCCCAAGUGCACGCUAGCAAGCUUCGCAAGCCGACUCUAUUUUUAAUCUUCAUUGUCUUCAAUGCAAGUUUUCAUAAGAAGUGAGAUAAUCGGAUUUGGAUUUUUUCAAGUCAUUUGCAUUUGCAAUAAAAGUAGAAUAAAUCCCUGUUACAUGCAAUGCCUUGUAUGCACAAAGCAGCCUUUAUUGUACUAGGAAAUCGAAGCUAUACCAUGUCGAACUUUCAGCACUUCUUAUAUCUUACAACAAACCAUUUUAGCGAUCUCUUUGUUAGCCUCAAAACCAUGUAAAAUUCUUUUAUUCACAAACAUCCCGUGCAAAUGCAAGAGAUCCGUGGUAUAGAAGACAAUGGUGAUUCAGUGGAACUGAUGUUUGAAAUUUCACGAUUUUUAUCAAGAUUUCUGAAUAUUUUGCACACAAUUGAGGCUAACACAGUGUAAAAUACUGAGAACACGAAACUCAACUAUUGGAAAAGGUUUUUUGAAUAGGUAAUUAUUGUCUUUUCUAAAGAUCAGACAAUUUAUGUAUACGGUCUCCUUCGCAGACUACCAUUUUUGUCGGGCUUAAAAGUGUAGCGAAAGGAAUUGAUGUGUCAUUGUUAUUUCCUCSCGUUGGUUUGAUAAUA